ACCCCAAGUCAUCAGCCACAACAAAACAUUCCGCUGUCAGCUAAGUAACGGCUACUGCUGGCACACAGGUACACGCCAAAAUACUUACUUUAAACGCGAAAACAAUGUUUUGAGUCGCGUUUGACGAGCUGACAGAGUGAUAACGAAUCUGACCCGGAGUCGUCGUGAAGGCUGUACGGGGUGAAGUCGGGGCAGACGGACAGGGCGAGAAAAAAAGAAACCCAAAAAAAACCAAAAAAAAAAACAAAGAUGGCUGUGUAACCAGAGAGACGAGUUCCAACCGAACUGUCUCCAGCCGUGGAUUCAGUCACCGACAGGUCUCGUGAGUUCCGUGGACAGUCCGUCGGUACCGAAGCAGAGGGGUUAGACGAGCAGUCGAGCUGGGCCUAGGCUGCACACAGCUGUAAUCUGCUGUCACUGCGAAUAACGGCGUCGAGAGCGAAACGACAGCUGAGGGACGCCCGAGUUGUUUUUGUUCUGCCGGGGCGCAGGGAGAGACACUCACACACAGAGGACUGCUGUGUUUGUGCUAGCACACAGUCUGCUGGCCUCACUGUAAGUCAAUUAAACUAGUCAACAAAUAAUUCAGUCGUAAUUACAGUUUAUUACACAGUCAUUCGCUUGUGAUGUCUUCAAGUUGAUAGUAAUAGUUUCAACUUAGCCCGCAUUCCUGUGUGUGACAGCCUACUGCCGUAGCGUUAGCCUGGCUAACGCUAGCUAGCUGUCAGCUGACCGUUAGCUUGACAGGUUGUAAGCUAGUCCUGAGCUAUCGUGCUAAUAUUUUGGGCUCAGCGUGGCCAGUGCCAGCUACAUCCCAGACAUUUCUGGAUAUUUCUUCGCCAUGUCCUCGCUGGAAGAGAGAGACGUGGGCGUUGCGGCCGCCCCUGGCUCCUCCUCGGGAGGCAUGGGGGUCGGGGCCGUGGGGGCAGCGGUGGAGUCUGUGGCCGGGGUCGCUGCCAUGCAGCAGGAGGAGGUCGGGAUACGACGCGAAGGGCCCGAGCCUGAUUCAGACGAGCCACCCAAGAAGAGGGUGAAAAUACCCGAGGGAGAGUCAGGAAAGCUGGAGGAGAGACUGUACUCAGUCCUAUGCUGCACCGUGUGCCUAGACUUGCCCAAGGCGUCUGUGUACCAGUGUACCAAUGGACAUCUGAUGUGUGCAGGCUGUUUCAUACACCUCCUUGCCGACUCUCGUCUCAAAGAGGAACAGGCGACAUGUCCCAACUGCAGGUGUGAGAUCAGCAAGAACCUGUGUUGCAGGAAUCUUGCUGUAGAGAAAGCUGUCAGUGAGCUACCGACAGAAUGUACCUUCUGCCUAAAACAGUUCCCCCGCUCCAGCUUAGAGAGACACCAAAAAGAAGAGUGUCAAGACAGGGUGACACAGUGCAAGUACAAGAGGAUCGGCUGCCCUUGGCAAGGUCCAUUUCAUGAGCUGCCAGCACAUGAGGACGAGUGCUCCCAUCCCACUAAGACUGGGACAGAGCUGAUGGGAAUCCUGGGCGAAAUGGACCAGAGCCACCGCAGAGACAUGCAGCUCUACAACACCAUCUUUAGCCUGCUCUGCUAUGAAAAGAUUGGCUUCACAGAGGUGCAGUUCAGGCCAUACCGCACUGAUGACUUCAUCACCCGCCUCUACUAUGAAACACCACGCUUCACUGUCCUCAACCAGACAUGGGUGCUGAAGGCCCGCGUUAAUGACUCAGAGCGCAACCCCAACCUCUCCUGCAAGCGCACCCUCUCCUUCCAGCUCAUCCUCAAGAGCAAGGUGAAUUCUGCUCUGGAGUGCUCCUUCCUGCUGCUGAAGGGACCGUACGACGACGUACGGAUCAAGCCCGUCAUCCACCAUCACUCCUUCAGCAACGACACCAAUGAGACCGACUACGUCCCUCUGCCCAUCUCCGAUUCAGUGGAGUGCAACAAACUGCUGGCCGCCAAAAACAUCAACCUGCGUCUGUUUAUCUUCCAAGUUCAAAAAUAAAAAAAGCGAGUGAAGAAGAGGAGGAGGAGGAGGAGGAGGUGGAAGAUGAAAGAGGAUGAGAAAGAAGAAUGAUGCUGGACAAGAUCGAAAAGAGAGAGAAGAUGAAGAUAAAAGACACCACUGAACCACUGAUACCUCUUAACACCUACACACACACACACGCAGGGUACACACACACACACACACAAUCACACAGGGUACACACGCUUCCACACACACACGCCACUUAUUACACUUUCCUCCUUUUCCAAGAUAGUGAGACCCCCUUGUUGGGGGGGAGGGAGGCUGUAAAUUGCUAUGGAGAUGGAUGGGCACUGAUAUGGGAUGGAGGGGGUGAAACCUGUGAUCGAUGGCACAGGUGGGGGGUCACUGGGUGCAGAGUGUGGUGGGAGGGGCUUGUUGAGGUGGUUGGUGUGUAGCUGAGGAGGCCCUGAUACACACACACACACACACACACACCGACCAAAGCAGGAUUUGCUGGGUGCAUUUGUUGCUUGUCUGUGUGUGUGUGUGUGUGUGUGUGAGAGAGUGUUAACAGACAGACCGUGGAGUUUGGCCCACUCUCAGCCUGCAUGUUCAAAUGUCCCAAACACAUGAGAUAAUGUGAAAAGGAGCAUCUGACUUCACUCAGUUGUUCUCUGGACAUGUGAAGGGAUGUGAGAGCAUGACUGUGUGCUCAUGUGUGUGUGUGCAUUUGUGUGUGUGUUCCCUCCCCCCUCUACACUCCCUUUUGGUCACUUCCUGUUUUGGCGAACAUUCUCCUUCUUUGCAUCUCAGACUUCACCGGAACAGACGAGAGAUGACACGAAACCCUUUUUUUUUUUCAAAUUUCAGCAAGAGGAGACGGCCUGGCUGCAUGCAUAUUUUAGUUCUUUUGACUUAUUCGUCCCGCUGUGGUUAUAUAUAACCUUCAACACUAAUAUUGUUUUUAUUUCUCUUAACCCUGACUAUUUAAGUAUCUGUGAACUUUUUUUUUCUUUUAAAAUAAUUUUUUUUUUAGCGUGUGAAAGGCUGCCUACAUGAGUUCAUAUGAGUGGAGUACAGGACCUACAAGACUAGAUUAGCAACCUCAUGGAGCCCCAGGUUCACUCUGUGUCACUUUUUCACUUAUAGGCUGUUCACAAGUCAUAAAAACCAUCACUUCAGUGGCAAAUCAGUCGAAAACCUAAAUAUAUUCAAUUUAUUCUCAUAUACUGUUUGACAAAAACAAAAUCUAAGCAGGUUUCCGGCAUAAAAAAGUGACAAUAUAAAGUUUUAUUCCACAAUGAAAAAAUAUAUAAGCUGAUAUAUAGUGGUUAGUUUUCUUUCGCUUUCUGUUUUGCUCACUGUUGCAGUUCUGGUCAAUUGCUUCUUUGUAAUUUGAUUUCUUGCUAGUUUGUGUGGUGAUUGCACACUGUCAAUUUUAAUGCAUAUUCAUUUAAUCCAUGUCCAUGACUUUUACUAUUUCACACAGCUACAGUCGCCUUUUUAAUAUUAAAAUAUUACAAAACAAUACAAUUUGAUGAGUCAACAGCUUAAAUCCAAAAUGACAAUUACAUUAGAUGGUGCAUUCUUCUUAAUUAUAGAACUAUAUUUCUUGAUGAAACAAAAAUGACACAGAAAACCUGGGGCCAGGUAGUUUGACAGUACGAGAGUCCUGUUGGAUUCUGGGUCUUGCUCCAAAAUACAAUAAAGCUGAUGGGCACCUGGGGACAAACCGGCUGAUCCGGUCUUGCAUACGAGUCAGCAGCAGCAGCAAAGGAAUAAAACCUAAACUGUGAGCACAGAGUCUCAGGGUGAUCUGACAUCUUUGUGUUCUUGGAGCUCAACAGCCCUCCGGAGAGGACUUUUCUGGACUUUUCUGAACUUUGGGUGGUGAUGGAUGAGGCAUGCAUGUGUGCAUGCGCCAGUGUGUGUGCGGUGGGGGUGGGGAGUUUUACCUUAACACAGUGACAUAUUAGUGUUAGACUUACUUGAACAAGAACAAGAAGAUGUUACUUAAGUAGAUUCUACUGUAAAGCAGAUAGAUCUCUCUCCUCCUGACCUCUACUUCCUGUAUUUCUGUGUUUUAAUGCUUUGUCUCUAUGCCAGUGGACUCACUCAUCUCACUAUGGCUGUACAUGUGCCUUUUAUUAAAGAUCAUGGAACCUGCA